AUGACCAUAACGUCCCAGCAAAAGCAGGCAUUAGAGGAGAUUAUUCAGACUCUUCUGGAUACCAAAUCUUCUCGAGGGAAGCGCCAGCUUGCUGAAAUGUUUCUCGAGCUGGUGGACAAGACAGAUUGGCCAGAAUACUACGAGGUCAUACCUGAACCUCGUUGUAUAAACAACAUAAAAGCUGGAGUCGAAAAGGGUCGAUAUAAGGACGUCAUGCAGGUCUACACCGAUCUCUCCCUCGUAUUUUGGAACGCGCUCUUCUACAACGAGCCAGAGAGCCAAAUCGCCGAAGAUGCCGAAAAGCUGAAGAAUAUCUUAGAAGUCGAGUGGAAGAAGCGGCCGUUCUUACCCACGGUUCGAACGUCACCACCACCGUCAUCCGCUCAAAAAUACCACCAAGUAGAGGAAGAACCGAAACCUCAGGAAAAGAAACCGCCAUCUCCAGCGAAAGCUACGCCAAUUGCUUCGACACCCGCUCAGCCAGCAGCCAGCGCCGAAUCGUCCAAGAUGGGCUCGCAACCUGCACUUCGAACUUCAACGCCAGAUGUGGACGUGGACAUCAUGUCGCCGGACUCCGAUGGUGCAGACGAAGUGGAACGCCCAAUGGAUCGCGAUAUCGCUCGCGACCCGCUCAGCGAAGAGAUUACGCGGUCACUAGAAAGAAGCCUACCGCGUUGGCCUGGGUUUGGCGAGUUGGGGUGGAUGGAGUUUGCGACGCCAGAGAAGAUUGUUGACUUGGUGCACGCCGUCAAGACCCACAAAGACGUAAUGCAAGUAUUCUUCAACAGCGAUUUAUUCAUGUUGCUCACAGUCUGUGCAGUGGGAACAGAUACGCCACGGCGCUCGAAGAGCCUCCAGAAGACCCGGACCGUUAUCCUUGAAAAUGAUAGAGACGUCCCCCAGAGCCGCGCUCGUGCCCAUCAAUACUCUUCAGCGAGGGAAUUCGAUCUCGACAUGGCGAGGCUAUUCGAAAAGGCAAGGCGAUGGCACGAAAUAGGAAGCGAUUCAUAUGGGCGUGUCUUGCUGCUACAGCGGUUGUAUCAAGCGCUCACGUCACACAAUCCACCCGUCGGACCACCGUACCACUCGACGACUCAUUUCGCUGCAUUACGCGCCGGGCCCGGUGCUGUCAAGCCUGUCCAUGGCGCAGACAGCGAAGGCGUCCCCAGCGUGACGACACAUCGUGUUUUGACCAAGGAUCGCGUGUUUGUGGAUGAACUUCACUACAAGGGGUACUCGAUGAAGCUCGCCGACUGGCUGCACCUUGCAAACCCAGACGACCCGAGCAGGCCCAUUAUUGGACAGAUUUUCCGGUGUUGGGUGUCCGAAGAACCAUCGAGAAGGGGUCAGCAGGGCGUUACAGUCUCGUGGUACUACCGCCCAGAACAGACAUUCCAUCCACCUAGUCGAACUUUCUGGGAAAGAGAGGUGUUCAAAACGAGUCAUUUCGCCGAUCACCCCGUGGAAGAUAUAAUCGAGAAAAUCGCCUGCCAGUUUACAGCUCGCCACGUUCGUGGGCGCCCUCGCCCUCCUUACUGGUUUGUCGGCUGGCCGCUCUACGUCUGCGACUCGCGAUACAAUGACCGGGAACGCAUCUUCGUCAAGAUCAAAAACUGGAACUCGUGUGUCCCAGAAGAAGUUAGGAAGAGUGUCGAGUUCAUGCCCAUCUACCCCUUCGAACGCAUGGUCUACCCAGCUAGCCUUCCUAGCCCGUUCCUGUCCAAGUCGGGAGGGAAGAUUACCUCGAGCAAGUUCCCUGGAGGCUUGCUUCCUGAAACUGCAGAUGCGGAUGGCAAUCAGAAGCCUAUCCAUCCCAGGCGAGAAGUGGCUACAGCGUCUUACGCCUUGCCACAGCAACAACCACCUCGCGACCACUAUCCGCAUGUCCAUCACCAGACCGUGGCGCCGUCCGUCCCGGCCGCCCCCGCACCGGUGUCGUAUUACUCGAACGCGGUGUACAACUUGCCACAGCAUCAACCUCCACCACCGCAGCCCAUCGUACCACAACCUCAGAUGCACUACCAGGCGCCUACUCCACGAAUGCAAGGUUCGGAUCGUUCGAUAAUUAGUGCUGCUGGAGGAUUGGCUGCGAUUGGAGGACAAGGCCAGGUCGAAAAACUUCCAGCGGAGACAGCCAAGCAUUUUGAUCGCGACCCAGAAUCGAAUCAAGUGCUGUGGUUCGCCUCGCCACCGGUUGACAUUGCGCGACCUAAACCUGCGAGACACAGUUUGGAGUAUCUGCACUUUUUGGCUAAGAAGAGGAAGCGGGCGAUGGAAGACAAGGGGGAGGGAGAGAGGAAGGAGGACGGGGAGAGUGAGCCGAAGAAGAGUGCCCGUGGUAUUCCGACUGUUACAGAGCUCUUGCAGCAGGCGGCGAAGGAGACGUUGACGAGUAUGGAGUCGUAGGCUCUUGUUUUUUAACCGGGUGUUGGGAUGACAUGAUGUCGUUAGCUGAAUACGGUUUUGCUGUAGAAGCAGGAGGAUGUAGUGUUUCGUUAAUUUGAUGGCACUCCCACCUUCCCUGGGUGGGUCAGGCCUGACAGCGGGCAAAUU